CCAGCCGGGUUUACUCGUCUCCUCUUCCCGGCCAAGCAGCGGGCAGUCAACUCAGCGUGCCUGCUGUUGCCACCGGUCCCCUCGUACCAGCUUGAUUUCCCAAGCCCAAAGCAGAGCGCUCCACUGGAGUCACCGAGUCUCCUUUGAACCGCAAGUGAACUCCGGGGCUGCGCUCCCAACCCAGCUCCGCUGUCGCUGCUACCCCGCUGCCUCAGGGUGAAGUCUAGCUCACCUCUGGUUCCCCCAGGGGAGCGCGCCCCCAGCUACAGCUGGGCACGGAGCAUCCUAGCUCUCUUCCCCCUGGGUGCUGCUUCCUACCCCUACACCGCUACAUCCUACUACCCCACCCCACCCCCACCCCUAUUUUGCGGGUUGGAGCAUGGUUCUCAUGUGACUUUCCCCCCUUUUCAUGGACAGUACCUGCACCUUUAGCAGUUCGGAGCUGGCUUCUGUUUUCCCUUAGUGCUUUGCUGCAGGGACAAAUGCAUACAAAUGCAUUUAGGAGCCUACAGGACAAGGCAUGGAAAGGUCUCCCCCGCCACAAAAACGAAACUGCUUCUUCGUCUUAUUGUACUAUGUGUGGCGUGGAUUACUGUUCACGGGCAGGGACAAGGCAUAGAUAUUCUUCAUCGACUAGGCCUUGGAGGAAAAGAUGUAAGAUAUGCAUCCUCAGUGACUGCUGUGCCAUCGUCACCCACACCAUUACCUCAGAGGGUCCAAUUAACAGAAUUUGGUGUCAUUUUAAAAAACAAUGCUUAUAUUGAGUCACCUCUUGUAAACAUUUUACCAGUUAGCUUAAGACAGCCACUGACAAUAUUGAUUGGCUUGCAAUCUCGUAAAGUAAACAAUGCAUUUCUCUUCAGCAUUCGCAAUAACAACAGGCUGCAUUUAGGAGUCCAGUUACUACCUAAGAAACUAAUCGUGCAUGUUGGCGGAAAGCAAUCAGUCGUUUUCAACUACAGUGUCCAUGAUGAGCGAUGGCAUUCGUUUGCCAUCACUGUCAAAGAUCGAGUUGUCUCCAUGUUUGCUGAAUGUGGAAAGAGAUAUUUUAGUGGAGAGACUACUUCAGCAGCUCAGACCUUUGACUCUCAUAGUGUGUUCACCUUGGGAAGUAUGAAUAAUAAUUCUAUCCACUUUGAAGGAACAGUGUGUCAGUUGGAUAUUAUUCCUUCCACAGCAGCAUCUGCUGACUAUUGCAGAUACAUGAAACAGCAAUGUCCCCGAGCAGACACAUCCCAAACUGAAACCAGCCUUCCUCACACAGCAGUAAUGCCAACCAGACACCCUGAGCACACUGCCUUGCCCAAAGGAUUUGGUGAAGCAGAAUUGCCACAGAAGGCAUUCACAGAACAUGCUCCCUUGCCCAAAGGAUUUGGUGAAAUGGAAUUGCCACAGAAGACAUUCUCUGAUAGCAAAAACAUUCCAAAUAUCAGAAAUAAUGAUUCUUCCACAGUACAUAAAAGCCAAGAGCACCAGAUAUCAAGGUCCCAGUUAACAUCUUUCCUUUCAGAAAACGUAUCAGCUGUGACUAUCCCAAACUACAGAAUUCAAGCUAAAAAUGUAAUCAUCAAGGAAGAGGAAAACUUAAACCUGUCAGUUUCUCAUCAUCACCGUAGUGAGGCAAGAAUAAAUACAGAGGAGAAAUUUAGCCUUCUCUUAGCUGGACCAGACAACAUCACUCAACAUGAUGAGGAAGCAGCUGGCCGGGCCCUGCCUAAGCAGGCAACAUCUAGCAUUGUACACGCAGAUCAAGAGGCCAUGACACAUCACAAGAAGGCUAUCCCAACAAACCUACACACCAAUGAACUCAUGGAAAUGGAACAGAGUGUAAAUACCACCCUGUAUAGAGUGACACAUGGGCCCUCUCUGGAUAACCGCCUUGAACUAAAGAAGGAAGGUGAAGUUUACCCGGAUGCUACUUACACCACCGAAAAUAGCUAUGAAGCCCAGCCUUACGAUUACUAUUAUUAUGAGGAUUACAAUGCAAUGCUUGACAUGGAGUAUCUGAGAGGGCCUAAAGGGGACACUGGACCUCCUGGUCCCCCUGGUCCCAUGGGCAUCCCAGGUCCAUCAGGCAAGAGAGGCCCUCGGGGCAUUCUGGGACCACAUGGAAAUCCUGGGUUACCUGGAUUGCCAGGUCCAAAGGGUCCCAAAGGAGAUCCUGGGUUGUCACCAGGCCAAGCUGCUCCUGGAGAAAAGGGUGACCAAGGUGCUUGGGGAUUAGCAGGCCCCCCUGGCUUACAAGGAGAAAAGGGUCUCAAAGGACAUCCAGGGCUCCCCGGACUCCGUGGGGAACAAGGAAUUCCAGGACUCGCUGGUAAUGUUGGCUCACCUGGCUACCCUGGCAGGCAGGGUUUAGCUGGACCAGAAGGUAACCCAGGUCCUAAAGGUGUCAGAGGUUUCAUUGGCUCUCCUGGAGAGGCAGGACAGUUGGGACCUGAAGGAGAAAGGGGCACUCCUGGGAUCCGUGGGAAGAAGGGUCUGAAGGGAAGACAGGGCUUUCCAGGUGACUUUGGAGACAGAGGCCCUGCCGGUCUGGAUGGUAGUCCUGGGCUUGUAGGUGGCAUUGGGCCUCCUGGAUUUCCUGGUAUUACAGGAAAUGUUGGUCCUGCAGGACCAACUGGACCCCCGGGAACUCCUGGCCCAAUGGGCCUCUCGGGAAAUAGAGGAGCACAUGGAAUCAAAGGUGAUAAGGGAGAACAAGGCAUGACAGGAGAGCCAGGAGAACCCGGGUAUCCUGGAGACAAGGGCACCAUUGGGUCACCAGGACCACCAGGGACAAGAGGAAAGUCAGGACCUUCAGGACAACCAGGCGACCCAGGACCCCAGGGACCAUCUGGCCCUCCAGGACCAGAGGGUUUUCCAGGAGAUAUUGGGAUUCCUGGACAAAAUGGACCUGAAGGACCAAAGGGACAUCUUGGAAGCAGAGGGCCCCCCGGGCCUCCAGGACUCAAAGGAACUCAGGGAGAAGAAGGACCAGUUGGACCCUUUGGAGAACUAGGACCAAGGGGAAAACCAGGUCGAAAAGGGUAUACGGGAGAACCAGGGCCAGAAGGCUUAAAGGGAGAAGUAGGAGACCACGGAGAUAUUGGGAAAAUUGGUGAAACCGGACCUGUUGGUUUACCUGGAGAAGUAGGGACAGCCGGAAGCAUUGGUGAAAAGGGAGAGCGUGGAAGUCCAGGCCCACUUGGUCCCCAGGGGGAAAAGGGUGUCAUGGGCUACCCAGGUCCUCCUGGGGCUCCAGGACCCAUAGGACCACUAGGAUUACCUGGUCUUGCUGGGGCAAGAGGAGCACCUGGGAGUCUGGGUCCUAAAGGACAAAGAGGACCCAGAGGACCAGAUGGCCUCUCAGGGGAUCAAGGUGGACACGGUGCCAAGGGUGAAAAGGGAAAUCAAGGAAAAAGAGGGCUUCAUGGUCUUACUGGUAAGACUGGAAGCCCAGGGGAAAGGGGAGUUCAAGGAAAACCAGGUUUACAAGGACUCCCUGGCAGCCCAGGAGACAGGGGGCCUGCUGGAGAACCAGGACCACGAGGACCACCUGGUAAUGCUGGACUUCCUGGAGAGAUGGGUGUGGAGGGACUUCCAGGCACUGAGGGAGAAUCUGGCCUGCAAGGUGAACCAGGUGCUAAGGGAGAUGUUGGACCUACCGGCAGCCCUGGAGCAGCUGGGGAGUCCGGGUCACGUGGUGAACCAGGAGCUCCCGGAGAAGAAGGUCUCCAAGGAAAAGAUGGAUUGAAGGGGGCUCCAGGAGGAAGCGGACAUCCUGGAGAGGAUGGAGACAAAGGAGAGAUGGGCUUACCAGGAACAACAGGACCCUGGGGUAGAGCAGGUCAAACAGGUCUUCCAGGACCAGAUGGAAUUGUGGGAACCCCAGGACAAAGAGGCCGACCAGGGAAAAAGGGUGAUAAAGGACAAAUAGGACCCGUGGGAGAAGCUGGAAGCCGAGGCUCCCCUGGAAAGGCUGGGGAAAGUGGCCCUAAGGGCACCCGAGGAACAAGAGGUGCUGUGGGUUCAUUAGGAUUGAUGGGACCUGAUGGAGAACCAGGAAUACCAGGAUACAGAGGCCAUCAAGGUCAACCAGGACCCUCUGGAUUGCCAGGACCUAAAGGAGAAAAGGGAUACCCAGGAGAAGACAACAAAGUCCUAGGACCUCCCGGGCCUCGAGGUGAACCAGGGCCAAUGGGAGAACAAGGAGAGAGAGGAGAGCAUGGUGAAGAAGGCUAUAAGGGCCAUGUGGGUGUGCCAGGACUCAGAGGUGCCACUGGACAACAAGGGUCCCCAGGUGAAGCAGGCGAGCAGGGCGGACAAGGCCUGAAAGGGGAGAGGGGAUCUGAAGGUUCUAAGGGGGAAAAAGGAGCUCCUGGUCCUUCUGGGAAACCUGGCAUUCCUGGACUUCCAGGCCUUCCCGGGCCAAAAGGCUUGCAAGGAUACCAUGGAGUAGACGGCAUGUCAGGAACCCCUGGGAAGCCUGGGCUCCUGGGAAAACAAGGACUUCCUGGUGUCACAGGCAGCCCGGGAAGAGCAGGACUGGAUGGAUCCCCAGGUCCUCGAGGAGGAAAGGGCUCAUCAGGCCCACCAGGAAGCCCUGGUGUUCCGGGCCCAAAGGGUGAACAAGGGCUAACUGGUCAACCUGGAGUUCCAGGUAAAAGAGGUCAACGAGGAGCACAAGGUGACCAAGGACUACAUGGAGAGACUGGUCUGAAAGGGCAGGCUGGAGAACAUGGCGAUCAAGGUUUGACAGGUUUCCAAGGAUUCCCAGGCCCCAGAGGUCCAGAGGGGGAUGCUGGAAUUGUUGGAAUUGUAGGCCCUAAAGGUCCCAUUGGGCAGAGAGGAAACACUGGCCUUCCCGGCAGAGAAGGUAUAAUAGGCCCAACCGGUGGAACUGGACCCAGAGGUGAAAAGGGCUUUAGAGGUGAAACUGGUCCCCAAGGACCAAGGGGUCAACCAGGACCUCCUGGUCCACCUGGAGCACCUGGUCCAAGAAGACUAAUGGAUAUCAAUGCUGCUAUUCAAGCCCUGAUUGCAUCAAAUUCUGCCCUGCAGAUGGAGAGUUACCAGAAUACUGAAGUGACUUUAAUCAACCCCAGUGCAGAAAUAUUCAAAACCCUGACCCACCUUACCAGUUUACUGAGCAGCAUCAAGAAUCCUCUUGGCACACAAGAUAACCCAGCACGGAUCUGCAAGGAUUUGCUCAGCUGUGAGUACAAGGUUUCAGAUGGAAAAUACUGGAUUGAUCCAAAUCUUGGGUGCUCUUCGGAUGCCUUUGAGGUUUUCUGCAAUUUUAGUGCUGGUGGCCAAACAUGUUUAUCUCCUGUUUCUGUGACAAAGUUGGAGUUUGGAGUUGGCAAAGUGCAGAUGAACUUUCUUCAUUUGCUGAGCUCAGAAGCCACCCACAUUAUCACCGUUCACUGUCUAAACACCCCAAGGUGGACAAGCACACAGGCAGAUGGCCCAGGAUUGCCUAUUAGUUUCAAAGGAUGGAAUGGUCAGAUUUUUGGAGAAAACACUCUACUUGAACCUAAAGUCCUCUCAGAUGACUGCAAGAUUCAGGAUGGCAGCUGGCACAAGGCAAAAUUCCUUUUUCACACGCAGAAUCCCAAUCAGCUUCCUGUGACUGAAGUCCAAAGCCUUCCUCAUCUCAGAACUGAGGGGAAGCUCUGCAUUGAAAGCAGCUCCGUGUGCUUUCUUUAAAGCCUCGGGGUUAGUGCUCAGAAGCUGAGCUGUGGGGGGUCAGGGACUUGGUGCAGAGGAAAUGAUGACAGAAAAGUACAUUGUGAAGAAAUGUAGGGAAAACAGCGGCUAAAUCUUAAGAAAUCUCAGGAAGAAAAGAUUUCCUCCUAAGGAGAAACGACAUUUUCAAAGGACUAUGAUUGAUAAUGUAUUUAAUUCUCUUAAAAUUUUUUUUAUUGAUCUGAGUUUUUGUAAAGAAUUCCCUAGAACUGAAAAUGUAUGAACUUGGAAUUCUCCAGGGUGCCCUAUGCUUUUGUCCCCUUAGACAGCUGGAGCUGUGGGGCACUGUGGAGCAGUACUGGAUAGUGCUCUACACGGUACGACGUUUCUGUCUAAAACUUGCCAGCCACAGUCUCUGGCACCUUCUCUUCCCAAACACAAAGCUGUAUUCAGGUCCCCCAGGGGCAUAAACUCUUAGCUGGUGUACACUACCUCUUCCAUGCUGCCUUUUUGUGUUGCCUGGUGCUGUUUCUUAAAACAGGGUGCUGUGGCUGUCAUAGACUGUCUUUCUUCUUUGUCGUCAUUAAGAGUGUAUGUACUGGUUACAUCAAAAUCCGUCUUAAUUGUUAAUACUUAUUUCCAUCUGUUUGGUCUCAUGCUUAAUAACAAGUAAAGCUAUUUAUGCAAAGUCCUUAUUUUAUUUUAAAAUUCUCUUUAUGCACACGGAAUCAAAGCCAGCAUGUCAUAACUCGUGUAUAUGCAAGAGAAUUAGGGUGUUUCUUUUGUUUUUUGUUUUCUUCCUUAAAUUGCUGUAAAAAGUAUCUUAGGUCACCUAUAUCCAAUGGUAGGUUUGGGUUAGAAACUGGGGUUUGUGAUAUACUGUUUUAAAACUCCAAUAUCAUCUGGAAUGAUACAGUGUAUAUAAAUAUAUAUAUAAAUAUUGUGUAAAGUUUUAAUUCAGCCAAUCUUUUGAAAAUUGCUGCUGUUUUAAAUUAUAAAACUAUAUUUAUGCUAUAUAGAAAAUAUUUGCUUUGUAGUACAUAUUGAUUUUUUUCUUAUCAUUGUUCUUAAAUAUAAUGUUAGUGCUUAGAAGAAUUUUAUAGUCUUUAAAGCAGCAUUGUGCGCUGAGGGGGGUCUUUUUCCACUAAAACUAAGAUCUACCUGUCAAUCUUUUACUGUCAGAGAAAUGUUAGUUCAAUAUUCAAGUAAAGAUUAUGCCUCUUGCUGUAUGGAUGAGCCUGUUGUUCAACUAUUACAAGCAUACUGUUAACCUCAGCAAACCAUAUUUAACCUAUGUAUAAUAAAGAGGUACUUUAAAUCA